UACAUUUCCCUUCUUCUUCCCCUCCGGCUACCCCAGUCUUGGCUAGAGCAACUUUCCUUCAACGUUUUCGACUCAGAUCCGCACAAUACCUAGAUUUCUAGAGGAGGAUACCUUGAUCAGAGACUAGAAAUGCUCGCUGCAGCCCGUACCCAGACCGUAGCACGCACUGGAGGCUUGGUCCUCCGUGCUGCUGGUGUUUCGACCUGGUCCCAUGUCCCUGCCGGUCCUCCUGAUCCGAUUCUCGGUGUUUCGGAGGCGUUUAAGGCGGACAAGGACCCAAGGAAAAUCAAUCUCGGUGUUGGUGCCUACAGAGAUGGGAAUGGAAAGCCCUACGUCCUUGGUGCUGUGAAGAAGGCUGAGGAAGCGAUCCGGGCUAGCAACGCCGACAAGGAGUACCUCCCCAUCACCGGUCUUGCCGACUUCACGAAGAACGCAGCCAAGCUUGCCUACGGAGAGGAUAGUGCUCCCUUCAAGGAGAACUCGAUCGCGGUCACACAAUCCAUUUCUGGGACUGGUGCCCUGCGUAUUGGUGGCGCUUUCCUCGCCCGCUUCUACCCGCACUCGAAGGUUAUCUACUUGCCCGUUCCGUCGUGGGGCAACCACACGCCUAUCUUCCGUGACUCUGGCUUGGAGGUCCGUGGGUACAAGUACUUCAACAAGGAGACUGUCGGUCUCGACUUUGAGGGAAUGAAGGCGGACUUGAAGAGCGCUCCCGAGAAGUCUAUCGUUCUCCUCCAUGCCUGUGCACACAACCCCACGGGUAUUGACCCCACCCCAGAACAAUGGGCCGAAAUCUCCGACAUCGUGAAAGAGAAGCAGCUCUUCCCCUUCUUCGACAUGGCCUACCAAGGUUUCGCGUCCGGCUCCACCUCCCGUGAUGCCCAAGCCGUCCGCCACUUCGUCUCCCAGGGCCACCAGAUUGCUCUCGCCCAGUCCUUCGCUAAAAACAUGGGUCUCUACGGCGAGCGUGUCGGUGCAUUCUCGCUCACCACCUCUGGACCUGAGGAGAGGGCGAAGGUGGACAGUCAGAUUAAGAUCAUCGUCAGGCCGAUGUACUCGAACCCGCCUCUGCAUGGUGCUUUGAUUGCCAACACCAUCUUGAGCAAGCCGGAGCUGUACGGAGAGUGGGAGGGAGAGGUGAAGGGCAUGGCAGAGAGGAUCAUCAGCAUGAGGGACAAGUUGUACGACUCGUUGACCCACACGCACAAGACGCCCGGAGAGUGGGGACAUAUCAAGUCGCAGAUUGGUAUGUUCAGUUUCACCGGUUUGACCCCACCUCAGACUAAGGCGUUGGCGGAGAAGGCGCACAUCUACAUGACUGCUGACGGACGUAUCUCGAUGGCGGGCUUGAACGCUAACAACAUUGAGUACUUUGCGGAGAGCGUGUCUAAGGCGGUCAAGGGAAACCUCUAAAAGGCUUCGCUCCCUUUGUCUAGUGUGGUAUAGACGUUUGUGACAUCUUGGCCUUUCAGUCUUAUAAAAAACAUGGAUGAUUACUCUUUCAAAUGUAGUGGAUGGAAUUCGAUCUCUCUCGUGGUCUGCAUGUUCGCC